AUGGUAGCCCCGCUGCGAAUCCUGAGGAAGGCGUGGAACGAGAAGUUGCUGCUCGAGCGGAGCAUAUUCACGCAGGUGCUCAGGGGUGGAAGUGGUGGAAGUGGUGGAAGCGGCAUUGGAAGUGGCAUUGGAAGUGGCGGGGGGGGAGGGUCCCUCCCGUGGCACCUCGCCAGGAGGAACAUAAACAUCUCGAGGAGAUGGUUGAACCAAGACCCCUACAGCGUGCUGGGGUUGUCCCGAAAUGCCACGACGAAUGAAAUUAAGAAGCAGUUUCGCUUACUGGCGAAGAAGUAUCACCCAGAUAUCAAUCCCUCCCCUGAUGCAAAGCAAAAAAUGGCAUCCAUAACGGCAGCAUACGAACUUCUGUCAGAUCCGAAGAAGAAAGAAUUUUACGACAAAACAGGGAUGACGGAUGAUAUGAAUUACGAUGGACAUGGAUCUUCCGGAUCUGCCUCAAACUUCGAAGGAGCCUUUUCCGGAUUUGGAGAUGCUUCAUUUAUGUUUACUGAUUUUGCAGAAAUGUUUAGCAAUAUGGCUGGAUCAAAAACGACGUCUUCCACCAGGGGAGAGGAUAUUCAAACAGAAAUUACUCUCAAGUUUAUGGAGGCAAUAAAAGGGUGCGAGAAAAAUAUCCGUUUGAAUGUCAAAGUAUCCUGUAAUAACUGUAACGGGUCGGGAAAAAAACCUGGGACUAAUUUAACUAUAUGUAAAGUAUGCAACGGGUCAGGGAUCCAGAGAAUUGAAAGAGGACCAAUUAUUAUUGGAGUACCUUGUAGAAACUGCUCAGGAAAUGGACAAAUUAUUAACAACCCUUGUAAGCAAUGUUCAGGAAGUGGAGUGAAAUUUCAAACGAAAAAUAUUACCUUAGAUAUUCCUCCGGGGAUUAAGAAGGGAAUGCAAAUGAGGAUACCAAAUCAGGGACACUCAGGUUAUAGAGGUGGAAAAAAUGGUCACUUAUUUGUUACUAUAAAUAUCGAACCUCAUAAGAUCUUCAAAUGGGUCGAUGAUAAUAUACAUGUGGAGGUACCCUUAACCAUGAAGCAGUGCCUACUGGGAGGGAUGAUUAAAGUUCCCACACUUAAUGGAGAUAUGGAUCUCCUCAUCAGACCGAAAACUUAUCCUAAUUCGGAGAGAGUACUCAAGGGAAAAGGUCCUUGCAAAGUUGAUUCGCAUACCAAUGGGGAUUUGAUAGUAAAAUUUAGUUUGAAAAUCCCAGACAGGUUGACCCCUAGGCAGGUCGAGUUGAUUGAAGAGUUUAAUCGAAUUGAGUUGAACCAGGGAAGGGACGACACCGCGGAGAAGGCCAACCUGGGUAACAGCGGUAAUGGUGGUAGUUACAGUAGCGGUGGCAGCAGUAGCGGCAGUGGUAGCAAUGGAAGCAAUGGCAGCAGUGGCAGCAGUGGAAACAGUGGCAGCAGUGACAACGGUGCCAGUAAAAAAAAAAACAACGUCAACAACUGGGAGGGAAAGAACGACUCCAACGUGCCUAUUCCGCCACCCCCUCCGAAAUCGACGAGGCAAGGUGCGGAGGCCCACCGUGGAGAAGCACACAGAGAUGUGAACAAAGACACACGACUGCACAACAAUAUGAAUACGGCGCACUACAAUGGGGGCGACUCUGCAAGGUAUAGGGGCAGCUUCGACCAGUCCACCACGACCAGUAGCAAUAUGAGCACGAAGAAGGCAGGUAACUCGUCCUAUAAGAUGGCCGACACAGCGAAUAGGGAUAACUCCUCCGGUGUAGGUGCCCCCCCCGAUAACACAAUCAGCGGUAGUAACCAGUCGACCGAUUCGUACCAGUCGGCUGAUUCGUACCAGGCGGGCGGGACGGACGCGAGAGGGGGGAAUUCCUCCUUCACCUUUUCCUGUGCCAAGAAAUGGAUAUCAGACAAGCUGAGACCCAAAAGUUAG